AGGAAAAAGAGCAAGGUUGGAGUGAGGCAACUGAGAACUGUGCUGGAACCUCUGGCCCUGGGAGCAGGUAAGCAGGUUGCUAUGGCUUCUGGACCGAAAAUGUCCGCCCCCAUUUGUUUGGUGGAAAACAAAAAUGAGCAGCUGAUGGUGAACCAGCAAGCGGUACAGAUUCUUGAGGAGAUUUCCCAACCAGUAGUAGUAGUGGCCAUUGUUGGACUGUACCGCACAGGAAAAUCCUACUUGAUGAAUCGUCUGGCAGGACAGAACUGUGGCUUCCCUCUGGGCUCCACCAUACAAUCUGAAACCAAGGGCAUCUGGAUGUGGUGUGUGCCCCACCCCACCAAGCCAAAUCACACCCUGGUCCUCCUAGACACUGAGGGCCUGGGUGAUGUGGAAAAGGGUGACCCUACGAAUGACUCAUGGAUCUUUGCCUUGGCUGUGCUUCUCAGCAGCACCUUCAUCUAUAACAGUGUGGGCACCAUCAACCAACAGGCCCUGGAGCAGCUGCAUUACGUGACAGAGCUGACAAAAUUAAUCAGGGCAAAGUCCUCCUCAAAUCCUCAUGAAACAGAAGAUUCCACAGAGUUCGUGAGUUUCUUUCCAGACUUUGUCUGGACUGUACGGGAUUUCACUCUGGCACUGAAGAUUGAUGAUCACCCCAUCACAGAAGACCAGUACCUGGAUAACGCCUUGAAGCUGAUUCAAGGGAACCAUCCCAGUGUCAAAAUUUUCAAUCAACCCAGGGAAUGCAUCAGGAAUUUCUUUCCAAAACGGAAAUGUUUUGUCUUUGUCCGGCCAACAAAUGACUUAGAACACCUUGUCAAUAUUGAGAAUGUCUCAGAAGGCCUACUGGAUCCCAAAUUCCAGGAACAAACAAAUAUUUUCUGUUCUUACAUCUACACCUAUGCAAAGACCAAGAUCCUCAGAGAGGGAAUUGUGGUUACUGGGAAUCGCCUAGGGGCUCUGGUGGUGAUGUAUGUGAAUGCCAUCCACAGUGGGUCAGUGCCUUGUUUGGAGAACGCGGUGACCACUCUGGCCCAGCGUGAGAACUCGGCAGCCCUGCAGAAGGCAGCCAACCACUACAGUGAGCAGAUGGCCCAGCGAGUGGAGUUCCCCACAGACACACUCCAGGAGCUGCUGGAGGUGCACACAGCCUGUGAGAGGGAAGCCAUCGCAGUCUUCAUGGAGCACUCCUUCAAGGAUGAAAAUCAGGAAUUCCAGAAGGAGCUGGUGAAAACAAUAGAGGAGAAGAAGAAGAACUUGUUGCUGAAGAAUGAAGAGAAAUCUGAAAAAUACUGCCAGGAUGAACUGAAUAAGAUUUCAGAGGCCCUAAUGGAAAACAUUUCAGCAGGAAUUUUCUCCGUUACUGGGGGCCACAAGCUCUACAUGGAAGCAAGGGAAAAGGUUGAACAGGAGUAUUGGCAAGUGCCCAGGAAAGGGGUCAAGGCUGGUGAUGUCUUCCAGAGGUUCCUGCAAUCACAGGCAGCAACAGAGAAAUCUAUCCUGCAGACAGAUAAUGCCCUCACUGAGGGGGAAAAGACCAUUGCAGAGGAGCGGGCCAGGAAGGAGGCAGCUGAGAGGGAAAAGGAACUUUCAAGACAGCAACUACAGGAAAAGCAGCAACAGAUGGAGGCUGAAAAGAGGAGUUUCAAGGAAAACCUAGAGCAAUUGAAAAAGAAGCUAGAGGAGGAGAGAGAAGAGCUCCUGAAAAACCAGAACAUCAUGUUGGAGCACCACCUGAAGAUUCAAAAGGAUUUGCUUGAAGAAGGAUUUAGGAAGAAAUCUGAGGAAAUGAAUGCAAUGAUUAAUAAUCUGCAAAGUAGAAUUGAAGCUACAGAAAAUGAUGAUUCUCCCUCAAUUGCAGGAGCUUUGGAUACCUUUGCUGAUGGGCUGACUACAAUAUUUUCCGCUCCUGCUAAAUUACUUGGUUAUGCUGUAAAAGGAUUCUCCUGGCUAUUUAGAUGAUUAGUUCUUCUUAAAGAAAUCUAUAGCUUGUGGUGUAUGCUUUUGCCUGUUUUGAUGUGCAUGGUUUUCAUUUUAAUGCAACAAAGUUUUACACAACAUGAAAAGUGCUUUCUAGAAGAUAUCAGUGCCUGACCUAUAUUAGAUAGACACAUUGCAUGUACAUAUUUACAGACGAUGUUCAUUUUAGGAA